UUUUCUCGUCCUUUUGUCAGCGAGACUACUUUGUCCCAGCCAAUUACUCGUUCCACACUAAUCUCCAACGGGCUGACUGUCGCUACUGAGACUAACCCAUACGCACAAACAGCCACUGUGGGAGUAUGGAUCGACGCUGGUAGUCGGGCUGAAAAUUCAAAAAACAACGGCGCAGCACAUUUCCUUGAGCAUAUGGCUUUCAAGGGGACAAAAAACCGUAGCCAACACCAGCUCGAACUUUUUAUUGAAAAUAUUGGUGCACAUUUAAAUGCUUAUACAUCUCGAGAACAAACUGUAUAUUACGCCAAGACUUUUAAACAUGAUGCUGCAUCCGCAGUUGAAAUUUUGUCCGAUAUUCUGCAAAAUUCCACGUUGGAAGAAAGUGCUAUUGAACGUGAGCGAGAAGUCAUUUUGCGAGAACAAGAAGAAGUAGAUAAGCUUCUUGAUGAAGUGAUAUUACAUUUUAUACAAAAUGUACGGGAUUCUAAAAAUGGAAUUGGUGACUUCAUUGGGACUCGAUUAAAUCGCUUCAAAUCGGCCGUGCCAAUACAUAAUUUAACAGGACAUUCAUUGGGCC